AUGGCUCACCUAACAGUUUGUGUUGGAAUUGUUCUUCUAGUAGCUCUUAAUUUCAUUACAACAGAUGCAGCUACUCGUGAAGCACGCUCACCGCAAUUUGGAUCCUAUGCCAAUUCAAACGCACAAGCCAGCGCUGGUGCCUACGGCAGACCAGGUUACGGUGGUGGUAAUUACCAACCCAGAUUUAUUGGUGGCGAAUAUGGAAGACUAAGAGGUCCACCCCCACCUCCACCUCGUUUUGACUAUGGAAGGGGUUAUGGAAGAGGAUUAGGCGGUGGUUCCGGGUCUCUGAGUAUAUCGAAAAGUAUUAGCAUAAGCCGGGGUGGCGUCUCGCAGUCAAGUGCGAAUUCUGCUGCGGGAGGGAAGUGA